AAAACUACAUUCGCCUGCCCAUCAACCUCCCAAACUUCCCCUCUAAUUCCCAUAUUUCUCAACCAUUCACCACACGAAAAGGAAACACCUUUGACUCUCUCUUGGCUCUCUGUUUCCUUCUUUCGUGUCUGGAGAAACCUCCUAAGUCCCAACUCCCUUUUAAUUUCCACUCCAGAGACAUAGCAACGAUCAAAGGUCUCCUCUUUUCCUCCGCCCUCUGUUAUUUUCUCUUUGUAAGAAACAGAGCAUUAGUUCACAAUGAAGUACAUCAGAACAAACAGCUUGAAGUUGAAGAGGCUCUUCUCAUUAGUCCGCCGAACCCUCGAAGAAGAAGACGAAGAGAUAAUCGGGAAUGAAGAUGGAAAGCCAAUUCGCCAAACCAAAGAGCAUACCGUCAUCAAGUCCCCCAGGCCCAGACCACCCACCUGGAGAUGCUUCUCUUACGACGAAAUAUCACUCGCCACUAAUGCCUUCCACCCAGAUAAUUUGGCGGGAAAAGGAGGGUAUGCGGAGGUUUACAGGGGAACCAUGCCGGGAACAGGGGAAGUUGCGGUGAAACGGCUGACGAAAUCGUGUACCGACGAGAGGAAAGAGAGGGAGUUCCUGUCGGAGAUUGGAACAAUUGGCCAUGUCAAUCAUCCAAACGUUCUUCCUUUAGUUGGUUGUUGCAUCGACAAUGGACUUUACCUCAUUUUCCAAUACUCCUCCAUUGGCUCCCUAGCUUCUCUUCUCCAUGGGGAGAAUUAUGGAGAGUUGAAUUGGAGAAGAAGGCACAAGAUAGCGAUCGGGACGGCGAAAGGGAUUGAGUAUCUCCACAAGGGAUGCCAAAGAAGAAUCAUUCACCGGGACAUCAAAUCGUCUAAUGUCCUAUUGACGGAAGAUUAUGAGCCCAUGAUAUCGGAUUUCGGGUUGGCGAAAUGGCUGCCAACGCAAUGGUCUCACCAUUCAAUCGGACCCAUUGAAGGAACAUUCGGUCUCGAUCUUUACUGACAAAAAAACAGGCACUUGGCGCCAGAGUAUUAUUUGCAUGGGAUAGUGGACGAGAAGACGGAUGUGUUCGCGUUUGGAGUGUUCCUGUUAGAGCUCAUCUCCGGCAAGAAACCUGUCGAUGGGUCUCACCUCAGCCUUCACAGCUGGGCGAAGCCAAUCCUAAAGAGAGGGGAAGUGGAGGAGGUGGUGGAUGGAAGGCUGGAAGGAGAGUACGAUGGAACAGAGUUGAGACAACUUGCAUUUGCUGCUUCCCUCUGCAUUAGACCUUCCCCAGCCUGGCGCCCAACCAUGGCCGAGGUGUUGAAGGCAAUGGUAGAUGUGGAGGAGAUGGGGAAAGAGAGGUGGAAGAUGCCAGAGGAGGAAGAGGAGCAACAUGAUGAGUUUUGGGGGUUUGAAGAUCUUGAAUGUGAUGAUGAAACUAUUUCCUUUUCUGGUUCUAAUUCUGUUUCCCCACAAGCUUCCUUCUCUAUGAUGAUCUCCACUACUAUUACUCCUAUUUCUACUAUCAAUGUUACUAUUGCCACUCCAACCUCAAUGAUUCCUUCUUAAUUCCAACCUAGACCACCUAUAGUUUUGUAGUAAGUAUACAAUUUUGUAUCUUCACCCCACCCCCCUCCUACCUCUUUGUAUUUAAAUAUUUCUCUUCUUCUUUUUUCAAUGAACUAUUGUAUUAUAGUCAUCUCACAUAUAUAAAAGUGAAGCAAGUACAAAUUGAGAUCUUUUGUAAAGUUGUUCUGCUUAAUAUAGAGAUU